AUGGCUUGGCUUCAACCGGAGCCAAUGGAGCCUAUCCCUGAAGAGGGAAAUGAGGACGCUGGCGAAUGGACAUUAUCACCGACAAGCAGCGGCCGUCGAACUACACGGAAACGAGAAAUAUUCACAUCGGAGCAAGUGGACACGCUCGUCAGUACUGUUCCAAAGGACACCGUGCCAGCCGAUUGGGUCAUCGAAAACGAGGUCGUCGAUCCACAGAUGGCUACAUCUUACGUAACGGAGUCGCUGGUUGGCCCUGCCAGCGCACGUGGAUCAUCGUACACAUACACGUACGAGUCGCAUUACGAUAAUCCUCCAGACGUCGACGACGAAGAGGAUCGGUACGCUGCCGUCGAAGGAACAACUACACAUCAAACACACAAGAUUACACGGGUGACAAAGGUUACGACAACAAGAUCGGUCAGACAAAUUCCUGUGGGAAGUCCUUACUCUGACAUUUAUUUCGAUGCUUCUGGUCUACCCACACCUUCACCUGUCAUCGAAUUCGAUGCUUCUCUAGACGAAUUAGGGCUAAGGUCACAUAGGGAGAGUGAUGAGGGUCGGUCCGCUCCUCCUCCUGCUCCUCCGUUAGGGAAUAGAUAUGUUAACAUAACGGAUGAUCGUGAUGUUCCGUUAGCCCCCAGUGCUCCUGAUAUAGUUGGGACGGCUGUGGGUGAAGUAACGCUGUCAUGGAGUCCUCCACUGCAAAAGCCAGGUGACCGCCCCAUAUUAGGUUAUCAGAUUGAGAUCCGUGAGUUUCCUGAUGGCGAUUGGGAACGGGCGCAUGAUCAGCUUUUACGAGAUACCACAUGUACAAUCACUAAUCUGGAGGGCUGCGUUGGAGAAGUUCAAUUCCGUGUAUCGGCUGCUGGACCGGGUGGCUUCGGUCCACCAUCGAUGUCCACUGGCCCAGUCAUGGUCCCUGUGGAGAUGACAGAGAGAGGUACUAUCGGUGUCCUGCUUCCUCCUGGAAGGCCGACUGCUGUGUCUGUCGACGGCCAUUGUGCUACCAUUGAGUGGACACCACCUGUCGUUGAUUCCAAAUCAGCGCCUCUAGCUGGAUAUCAAGUAGAGUAUCGAGUUUAUGGUACGCUAGAUUGGAUGGUUGCUAACGACGCCUUGAUACCCGACUGUACCUACACAGUUGAGAACCUCCGGCCGAAUGGUGUGUAUGAAUUCCGAGUUCGAGGGCGAAAUGCCGAUGGCUUAGGAGCACCAAGUCGAUCCUCUGGUGCUACUCACAUCAAGCCUGCAGCACCACAGCGUGGAGCAGGGUCAAGACCCAUCGCACCCGGCUUGCGUCCACCGGGUCAACCUCAGUUAGUCGAGGCGGACAUGGAAUGGGUGAAGUUGGAAUGGGCAGAGUCUGAACCAGGUGCGGGCUAUAUAGUGGAGUUCCGAGAAGUCGGUGAUCCGAACUGGUACACAGCGAAUCACCAUCCCAUCUCGCAAACCUGCAUUCAUGUGGAGGGUCUUCGACCUGGAUCCACAUAUGAAUUCCGUGUCAUAUGUGUCGCUGGUGAUUCAGCUUCUGUGCCCUCUGAAGUUUCUGAUGUUGUCUCUUUGCGACCACUAUGGAAACCUCUCUCAAUGCGAGGGGUUCCCACCAAACCUCAACCUCCAGAAUACCUGGACAUUGACGGUGAAAGGAUAACCAUUUGCUGGUUGCCAGCCCAUAGCUCGUUACCUGUUUUGGGAUAUGAUGUGGAAUUCCGAGACUUCCAACAAGACGCCGGUUGGUAUAAAGUGAACGACCAACCUGUUCACGCCUGUAAAAUGACCGUUGGCGAUCUGAUCGUUGGGCACGAGUAUCAGUUUCGAGUGCUGGCUCAUAACGUUGUUGGUUGUUCAGAAGCAUCUGAACCUUCUCCACCAGUUACGAUCCAAGCAAGCGCAACCAGUGAACCGAAAUACCUGGAAGCGGAACGGUUUGGUGCGGUCAGACUUCUUCAAGAGGAGAUGAUUCGAGAAUCUCCUCCGCUGCCUGAAAGAGACGACUCUCCUCCACCUCUUCAUAGAGGAAAAGGGAAUGGCAAUUUGCAGUGGCGUGACCCCUCGUUGAAAGAAGUCAUCGAUUAUCUGGAUCAUCCAGAUAGGGAGAAGCAAUUGAACGCUAGCGGGUACUUACAGCAUUUGACAUACAGCGACAACUUGAUAAAGGAUGAAACCAGAGAGUAUGGUGGUAUUCCUAAGUUGAUACAACUCCUAAGAAGCGACUUGCCAGUCAUACAAAGGAAUGCCUGCGCAUGCUUGAAGAAUCUUUGCUUCGGAAAGGAAAACGAUAGAAACAAGCUGGCUGUGCUCGAUGCCGAUGGGAUUCGAAUGCUGGCUGCUGUUCUACAGACGUCCCAUGAUUCAGGAGUCAAGGAAGAAGCCACUGCUGCACUAUGGAAUCUUUCCAGUGCGGAUAUGCUCAAACCAGUUAUUCUCGAAGGAGCUACCGAAGCACUGGUUCACCAGGUCUGCCCAUCCUCAGUUGUGUACCAACAAAACGGUAUUACAAAUGAUGGUGAUCCAUCACGACAUUUUGCUACGCCGAUUUUCAAAAACGCCACUGGCGUCUUGAGGAAUGUUAGUGCAGCGAAUGCCACUGCUCGUAAGAAACUGCGUGUCUGUCCAAAUCUCAUUGAAAGUCUCGUCCAGUUUCUGACAAUCGCCAUCCAGCGGAACCAAGUCGACUCGCAGUCCGUCGAAAAUGUCGUUUGUCUGCUUCGAAACCUGAGCUACAGGAUUCAAGAAGUUGAGGAUCCUAAUUACGAUCCUGCCACAGCUCACAUACUUUAUAGCAAGGGGAGUAAAUCGGCUCCGAGUAGUCCGAAACCAAAAAAAGACAAGGAGAGAAAAAAGGAUUAUGGUAGAGAAGUGGUCACGGUAGGUGUCAACUUUUCACUUCAAGAAAAUUAG